AUGGUCAUCGUGGAGGUGACACAUCUGCCGGGGGUCGUCCUGCUGUGGAAGGCCGAGUUUGACCGAGCUCUGACGGAAACUGUGGUGUUUACUCUUGCUCUGCAGGUGGAGAUCACGCUGCAGGACGUCAACGACAACCCGCCUGUCUUCCCUAACGAUAUUCUUGACGUGACCAUCGAGGAGAACGUCGGCGACGGCUUCAAGAUAAUGCAGCUAACAGCCACGGAUGCAGACCAGGGUCCCAAUGCUCUUGUGACCUACACCAUCAUCAGUGGGGCGGACGAGAGUUUCCGGAUCGACCCGGAGUCCGGGGAUCUGAUCGCCACCAAGAAACUGGAUCGGGAACGCCGGUCCAAAUAUUCCCUCCUGGUGCGCGCUGACGACGGGAAGCAGUCGUCCGACAUGAGGCUGAACAUCACGGUCCAGGACAUCAACGACCACACGCCCAAGUUCUCCCGCUCCACCUACUCCUUUGAUAUUCCUGAAGACAUGGCACCAGGCUCCAUCGUGGCGGCGAUCCUGGCCAGCGACUCGGACUCGGGGGUGAAUGGAGAGGUCACCUACUCACUGGAGGAAGACGACGAGGACGAGACGUUCCUGCUGAACCCGGUGACGGGCGUCUUCAACGUGACGCGUCCUCUGGACUACGAGCUGCAGCAGUACUACAUCCUGACGGCGAGGGCCCAGGACGGCGGCGGGCAGGCCAGCACGGUCAGAGUGUAUUUCAACGUGCUGGACGUGAACGACAACCCGCCCAUCUUCAACACCACGGCCUACAGCACCUCCGUCUCUGAGAGUCUGCCGCCUGGGUCCAGUAUCAUCACUGUCGGGGCCAGUGACGCCGAUGAUGGCCUAAACGCGCAGCUCCUCUACAAAAUUGCCUCCGGCGAUCCUCAGAGUCACUUCAUCAUCACCAAGGAAGGAGUCCUCCAGACCAAGAAGGUCCUGGACCGAGAAACACAAUCCUUCUACAACCUGGUGAUCACCGUCAACGACUUGGCUCCAGCUCCCAUGACCCGCUUCACCAGCACGGCUCAGGUGUCCAUCAUCCUCCUGGACGUCAACGACUGCUCGCCGACCUUCACCUCCCAGAAGAUGACCUACAUCCAGGAGAACACGCCUGUGGACACGGUGGUGUUUACCGCCAAGGCGGUGGACGCAGACAGCGGGCCCAACAGCUACGUGGAGUACUCCCUCAAAGGACCCUUCGGUAACAAGUUCAGCAUCGGGACAGUGGACGGAGACGUCCGGCUGGUUGGGGAACUCGACCGGGAGGAGCUUUCCAACUACACCCUCACAGUUGUGGCCACAGACAAAGGAGAACCGUCUCUUUCUUCAACCAUGGACGUGACCAUGAUGGUUCUGGACGUCAAUGACAACACGCCAAGCUUCUCACAGAACAUCUACGACAUCGAGAUCGAGGAGAACACCUUGACGGGGACCGAUGUCAUCCAGGUGUUCGCCAGCGACGCCGACGAUGGCACCAAUGGCCAGAUUCGAUUCUCAGUCUCGGCGGGAAACGCCAACUCCGAUUUCAGGAUUGACUCGGUCACGGGGGUGAUUUCAGUCGCCAAGCAGCUGGACCGCGAAGUCCGUUCUUCGUAUUCGCUCGUGGUGCAGGCGGCGGACCGCGGCAGCAGCCCCCGGGUGGACCGGGCCACCGUCAACAUCGUGCUGCUGGACGUCAACGACUGCUCACCGGCGUUCGAGCUCUCGCCUUACACGGUCAACGUGCUGGAGAACCUGGAGAGCCUGCCGAAGAACAUCCUGCAGGUCGUUGCCAGAGAUGACGACCAGGGCGCCCACAGUCAGCUGAGCUACAUGCUGAGCGGCGGGAACGACGAGGCGGCGUUCAGCCUGUCGUCCAGCGGCCAGCUGAGCCUGACGCAGACUCUGGACCGCGAGGCCCAGGGGAAGUACGUGCUGCUGGUCACCGCCACCGACUCAGGUACCACCGCAGUCUGGAAGCUGGCCACGAAUCUUGAAAUGUUUUGA